AAGAAUGCUAUUAAUAACUUCGCACAACCAAUCUAUUUUAGUCUGGCGUCAUCGAGUUCGAGACCAGCUACAUCCAGAAGCGGUCCACUGUGCUGCUGCUCGAGCACAACUUUGCCCUGGCCAAAACAAUAUGCCGGCUCGAUAUAUCAGGUGAUCGGGCAGCCUCGACUGCCAGCCACCUGAUCUCGUUUCUCCGAGACAACCCGCAAUCGCAGCACCAUGUGGAGGCAUGUAUCACAGAUGCCUUUGCAGACUAUAUCCACGACUAUGCGGCUGCUACACGGAAUCCCGCGCAACCUGCUGCGCGACAACAACCUGGCCACGAUGCUGGUUGUGUGCUAUCUUCAGCAGACUUGCAGGGCAUACCUUGUGUCGAUCAUGCAGCCGGUUAUGAAGGCAAUCUCUCCCUAUGUGGAGAAGCUGCGAGCUCGACCUGCUCCGCCUGCCCCCCGGCACCACCACCGACACGCUCGACUGCAAUGCAUUCAACCUGUAUACCGUGUGUCGAUCUGUGCUGGAUGCUGUGUUUGUCGCUGUCAAGUAUGCACCCCCCGAGAUGCGGCGAAUGUGUGCCUUUAUUCGCCACGAAAUCGAGUCGCAGUGGGACCCACCCGUAGCGACAGCCGCCAGGCACGAUUCGAUGCUCAAUUCCUAUGUGCUGAAGCCUGCCAGCCCCGACUCUCCGGGGAAGAUGAAGAUGCAGCUGCAGCCCUAUGCUGGAGCUUGCGCGAGUGGGAGACCGACCUUGAAAUCGACAGUGCAGACAGAUAUCAUGUCAGACAUUAGCGCGGCUCUCGAGGAGCGGCUGGAGGAGCCAAAGAGCGUGUCGGACAAGUACGAGAUGUUUGAGAAGGCUGUGCUUGGCCUGGCACUGACAGACGAGAGUAGUCGGGAAAGCGCAGCAAGCUCCAAACGGUGCAGCAGCAUCUUCACCGAAUCUCCAGCCGAAAGGACCGAGAUAGACACGCGCAAGAGCAUCCAGGAUCUGGUCACAUCGUCCUUUGCAGAGCUCAACAGGCUGGACACAACAUUCCCAAUGAACACAAAGACCAAGGCACAGGAUAUAAAGUCAAAGAAAGCAAAGCGCGCAAAGAAGCACUUGAGCAAGCGCUUCAGCGGCUCCUACUUCUCGCCAGUAGAGACCGUCAUCAGCAUGCUCCUGUUUGUGCGCUUCUUCAUCCCGAUCCUGACUGCGCCCGACACAUAUGAUAUCGAUAUCGAGCUGUCGCCGGCCCACCGCCGCGGUCUCUUGCUAUGUGCCAAGGUCAUGGCGGUGCUGUGCAAUGGCAUGUCGUUUGGGUCCAAGGAGCCGUGCUUGUCCCCCAUGAACGGCCUGAUCCGCGAAUACCGGCCGAAAACUGCGCAGGUACCUGCACUCUAUUUCGUCGAUUUCAGGUGCAUCCAUCACUGCCCUGCACGACGGCGACGGACACAUGUCUGAUGACGAGUGCAGCGACAGCGAUUCUUUUACCAUGGACGAGCUGGCCUCGCAAUUCCAGGCAGCAUCGGUCGGCGCCAAGGUUGCGACCAACGAGGAGCGCCGCAAGAGCAAGGUCUCGCUACAUCGUCCCAACGCAGGCAGCCA